AGCUUCCUGAUGCAGGACCUAACUAUUGAGAACCGGGAAAUUAAUAAUGGGGAUCGUAUGUUUUAUAUUUUGUAAGACUAUUUUCUUACCCUCUCUUUUUUCCUUCCUUUCUACGGUUCCCCAGCCUUGCUGACUUUGAUGGCCUAACGGACUUCCCUUCUUGCAUAGCCCAGCAUGGAUGCUCCGCCUGUGGUCAUGACUGCAGGCUCUCUUUCUUACAUCACUCAGACUGAUCUUCCAGUCCCGCUGAAAAAGUUUUAUCGGGGUGAACCUCUGGCACUGGGGAUCACACAGAUAUUCAUAGGAAUCAUACAAAUUAUCUUUGGGAUGCUGAUCAACAUCAUUAAUGAACGUGAUAUUAUCUACCUUAUUGUAUGGAUGCCCUAUUGGAGUGGAAUCUUGUACAUCAUCUCCGGAUCCUUAGCUGUGGCAGCUGCUUGGAAUCCCCGGAUGCCUCUGGUGCAAAGCAUGGUGGCCAUGAAUGUGUUAAGUACUGUAGCAGCUGGUUUGGGCCUGGCAUCCCUGUUUGCCACCUUUGGUAUGCCCUAUCUAUUCAAUUUCUCUACGCACUGCUAUAAUUUUGAAAAAGAAAUUCAGAAAAAGUGUAAUGCAAACCAGAAUAUCGUCCUAGGAAUACUGACUAUUCUUACUCUGUUCACCGCCCUGGAGUUUUGCAUCACCAUCUCAGUUGCGUCUUUUGGAUGUAAGAUGCUUUGCCGAGAUACCUUCUCUGAAAAAGUUGUGGUCAUUUAUCAGAAUGUGUCUCCUGCCCGUGCCGAACAAGAUCCUCCCCUCGACUGUAAACAGGCAGCAAUUCAACCCUGAACUGCUUUUCUUUCAUUGCAGCUCUUCUGCAUCUGGAAGCCUUUUUUUAAAAAAGGAAUUGCACAGAAGUUUUUAAUCAGUGGAACAUAAAGGCUUUUUAAUGGACUAAGCAAAAAGCACCAGGCGCAAAAGAUCAUGUGAAUGUUCUUUGUUGCUGGUUAAAAUAUCUUUUUAUGAGCCGAUCGGCACUUUGCACCACGUUAUGGUUUAUGGUUUGCUGUUGGAAAUGUAUGUAUGU